CACAGACACUGUGUGUGUGUGUCUUGGUGUGAGGCCGACUUUUAAGAACUGUCCACCUUGAUGUCGUCUUUAAUAAUGAGACAAGACAAACAGACCAGCAGGACCAAAGUCCGUCUGGACACAGCGAGACAACAAGCGAGUCUUAUUAUUUGCAGAAGUAGUCCCUCGGAGGGAAUGGUUGGAGUUUGAAGAUGAAAUACGACUUCAUGACGAACUUCAAAUGCAACAUCUGCACAGAAUGACAGCAUGUCUAUAGGUAAAAGCCAAUAUGUAAACCUGUCAUUCCACCUGUCAUUCAAACAAAGCAACCUUCUCCGGCUGUUGGCCAUUAACGCUUCAGGGAGGUGGAGGAGGGGAUGGUGUGCCUCAGCAUCGAAGAGUCUUUCCUCUAAUCAUGCACUGAAGCCCCUGGUUCCCACCCUGUGCCUGGCGGUGGUGGUGAUAUACGGCCUGGCCGACGAACUCAGAAACUUUGUGGCCGGCGUCUUCAUCCCACAGUACCACUUCCCAUACGCAGUGGCUCUCUGCUUUGCCCAGGUUCUGGUCUCUCUCUUAGUCUUACAUCUCCUCCAUGUCCUGGAUCUGGUGCCUCUGAAGCAUUACUCCAGGUCCCUGGGUGAGAAAGUGCUGGUGCCUUCCAUCUGUAACAGCAUCCAUGCUGUACUGGCCAUGUGGGCCAAGGCCAACAGCUCCAAUGCCGGCCUCUUCCCACUCAUCCUGCCUCUGCUGCCCAUGCUAACUGUGGGUUUCAGUUUCUCUCAGAAGCUGGCAUCCACUCCAUCCCUCCACACCUCUGUUCUGAUUUCCAUCCUAGGCGGAACAUGUUUUGUCGUCAAAGCCUCCCGAGGUCUGUCAGGCGUUGAGCCUCUGGAGUACAUGUAUGCACCUCUGGCUUUAAUCCUCCACAGUCUGUCUCUGACUUGGCUGGCUAAAGUGUCUGAGGCCGAGCGCCGCCACCACCCCGACGCCCAAGCCUCCGUUUUUGACAUCUACUACACCCAGCUGGUCAACCAGAGCUGCGUGCUGGGCCUCCUGUGGCUGCUGCACCCGGACAGUCCCUGGCAGGUGUUGAGUCACAGCAGCUGGCAAAGCCUGCUCUUCCACGGAUACCUGUUCGCUAUUCUCCUGCUGGGUAUGGUGAUGAACUUCCUGGUCGGCAUGUCGGCUCUGUGCGUCUCACCGCUUGCUGCUGUGCUGCUACACUCAGCAAGGCAGCUGGUGUGGCCGUUCCUCCAGCUUUUGUAGUUUCACUGGAAAGGACUAACAAAAUGAUUGACUGUUUUGUACUGCAUCAACGCGACACACACACACAUUGUAAUUGAAUCCACAUCAAUGACCACGGUGUCAUUCUCUUCUAUGGAGACUGACCAGCCCGUUCUCUGGUGUUCCCGAAAGUUACGUUAGUGAUGCUUGUGACGUGUUGUCCGUAAUUCUGUCACGUUGUUUACGUUUUACUUUUUGGAGUUGAUGGAUCUUAAGCCCAACCAUGAUGUUGAUGGUGUUUUGUUGGCUAAGCCUAAAGUGUUGUUUGAAUUCACAACACGUGUUUACUGCAACCGUGAAAGUGACGCAAUAGGGGUCUGACAAAGCCUCAGAAUGUGACGAGUUGGAAUGAGAAGUUGUUGGAAACACAAGUUACAUUUUAACUUUUUAAAAUGACCUGUGCUAAGCCACUUAGAUAAAAUACAGAUUAUCAGCAGAGAUGCAAAAUGUAACCAUGAUAUAGCAUAUUAUAAACGAGAACAGGUUAAGGAUUUACAGUUGGAAUGAGCAUCAGUUUCUGUCUUUUUCAUCUCUUUUCUUUCACUCAGUUGACAGGUGGCUUAUUCAAGAACAGCUAUUUAUUUUGAAUCUAUAUUUAUGUACUCUAUAUGCUCUUUAUACAUUUCUCUAUAUACACUAUUGUGUCACUUCUGCUGUUGCUUAAACUGUUAUAAUAUUUCCAAAGAUGAGACAAUGUCAGAGGACUGAAACCACUUACAGGACAGGACGCAGUACAAACAAAACCUCUGACCAAACCGCCUCAACAAAGAUCACCUUGUUUCCAGCUAGGUAAAGAACAUCAGGUACAUUUUUAAAACAAUGAGAGGCAGCCGUUUCUAAACCAGCGACAACACAGUAGAACUGUAGCUGUGUUUUAUUAACAUCUUUGUCUGAUAAGCAAAGACAGAGAUUGUAAUAGUGGACAAAGACUUUUGGACCCCACUGUAAAUGUGACAAUUUAUUGAACAAUAUUUAAGAUUAACGUAUUUAAACUCGGAUGUUUACCUUUGAAUGAUUGACAGAUGUUUCAGAUAAGAAGGGACGAGGAUGAGUAACUGGACAGACUGUUGAACAUGCUUCAAAGCGUUCCCUUAACUCUGUAAAUAAUAUUUAAACUUAGACCCUUGACUGAAUGAAUUUUUAACCAGAGGUUUGUGGGUUAUUACCAGAAGCUUAGUUGUCUUAAUUAAAGAAUAUGAUUUUAUU